AUGCCGACGACCAGACGAACGACAGGCGGCGCUCGUGCCCGACCCGGACCGACCAAGGGCCAAGCGACCAUCAGCUUCUCCAACCGAGUCACAAAAGCGGUACCCAAAGACGUCAAAAGCUCCAUCGUCGUGCCGUCAAGACAAAAAGUCGAUGCGCCGGCCCAGAAGGAGCCUGAGGUGGACAAUGUAGUUUCUGAGCCUGAGGUGGCGGAACAGCCCAAGGAGGAGGAGGAGGAGGAGGAGACGCUUGUUGAGGAAGCUGCGGUGCCCUCAAAGACAGAAGCCGAGUUGAAGGCCGAAAGGACGAGUGAUGCACAGAUUGGCAAGUACUGGAGGUCGAUUGAGGCGCAGCGCAUUGCGCCGCGGGUACAUCAAGAGGAUCUGUCGCUCCAUGAAAAGGUGCUGCGGUACUUUGACGUCAGCUCCCAGUACGGGCCAUGUAUUGGGAUCCCUCGCAUCAAGCGCUGGCAGCGUGCUGAGCGUCUGGGUCUGAGCCCGCCGAUCGAAGUCCUCGCCGUUCUGCUCAAGGAAGAGAACAAGGGUAACAGCGACAUUGAGUCGGCGCAAAUGGACAAACUUAUGAACUCUGUAAUUGUUGCAUAG